AUGGCAUCUUCGACACCACAGCCAGGCACUGUUGAACCGCCUGUCAGCAUCGACCGAUUGACCAACAGCGAGUGGGCGAAGCCUGAAUACAAGCUACCCAUCCCAUCGCUUCAAUUCCUCUUUCACCUCGAAUGCGAUAUGGAAUCCUUCAGACACAUUGGAAACGGCCCCCACGGUGACAGGUCUACUGUGAUAUUCAAGGGUGGCCGAUUCGAGGGUCCACGCCUAAGAGGCCGUAUCCUUCCCGGAGGCGGAGAUUGGGAGAUCGUGAGGGACCACGAUGGAGAUCAGCAGACUGCCCACUUGGAUACAAGAUACAACUUGGAGUCACAUGACGGAGCAACUAUUUAUUUGCGCACGACAGGGAUCACAGANACGAGAACUGGAAAGAAGGAGGUCCUUGAAAAGUUGGGAGAGGGUAAAAUUGGACCUGAUCAAUUCAGAAUGCGCCUCCAUCUUACCUUCGAAACUGGUGAUGAGAGAUACACCUGGCUCAACUCGGCCGUGUUCAUUGCCAGCUCUGGGCGCGUCGGCGACAUGGUCAUCUACGACGCCUACCAAGUCCUUUGA